CAAUCAUAGGAGAGGACGGUAGGUCUCCAUAGUAACGGUGUAAUGUUUGGGGAGGGGCGGUUUGUUGUUUCCAGCUGAGGAUAAAACCAUUAAAGGGUCGUGAUGGCAGGGACCUCCAGACACGAUCGAGAGAUGGCAAUGAAUGCCAAGCGUCAGCUGUCAGAGUGUUCGGACCCAGUGGAGAGACUCCGACUGCAGUGUCUGGCCAGAGGAUCGUCUGGUAUCAAAGGUCUGGGCAGAACCUUCAAAAUAAUGGAUGAUGACAACAACCGCUCCCUGGACCUGAAGGAGUUUCUGAAGGGUCUGAAUGACUACGGGAUCCUGAUUGAGAAACAAGAGGCCACGGCUCUCUUUCAGCACUUUGAUCGUGACGGGAGUGGGACCAUCGACUUCGAUGAAUUCCUCAUCACUCUGAGGCCACAGAUGUCUAAGGCCCGGAAGGAGGUGGUCAUGCAGGCGUUUCGGAAACUGGAUAAGACAGGUGAUGGGGUGAUCACCGUUGAAGACCUGAGGGGGGUUUAUAACCCCAAGUACCACCCCAAGUAUCAGAACGGGGAAUGGACAGAGGAUCAAGUCUUCAGGAAGUUCUUGGACAGCUUUGAUUCUCCGUAUGACAAAGAUGGAAAGGUGACCAAAGAGGAGUUUGUCAACUAUUACUGUGGAGUCAGCGCCUCCAUUGACAGCGAUGUCUACUUUAUUCUUAUGAUGAAAAACGCCUGGAAGCUCUGAAUCUAAAUCAAAGGACACAAACUCCAAGCUAUCAUUUCCUGUGCUGAAAAGACAUCACAUAACAUUUCAACAAUCAGGAUGCAUUUAUAAUGAAUUACCAGCAUGUUGUGUGAAGUUGAUAAGAUCUAAUUCUUUGCUACCAGCUGUAAUUCAUUCUGUGCUUUUAUGAGUCAGAAAAUAAUUUCUCUAAAUUCUGAAUGUAGUAAGUACCAUAGUUUAUAGACUGACUUUUAUCAGUUUGCAUUAAAAGUUGAAAAUUA